AUGUCUGGCAUUGUUCUGUCUGAUUUCUUCGAUGCCUACAAAGCACAGUCCUCUUCCGUCGUUCGCUGCAGAGAUGAUAAAAAAGCCAUUGGAUCACCUCCAUUACCAGACACAACCAAGAAUUUAUUUGCAAGCCACGGAAAUGAUCAAGAAUUGGGUGAACUAUCGCAUUGGAGGACGAAACUUGCGAAGUACAUACGAAUUGUAGCAAGCACAUGCAUGCACUACCGGCCAACACUUUAA